UGGAUUUUCUAACUUUUUGAUAUUAGUUAUUUAAUAUCUUGUUGCGUGCAGCAGCUUUCAAUUCCAUGCGGUUAUUGCAAAUUGGAAAAGCGACUUCGAUGAAGCUAUAUAUUCCACUUCAUCGCCGCCAUUCUCAUGGAUGAAGGUUUCUGAAAAAAAUUUAGUACAUUUUUAAUGGAAUGUAAAAGUAAGCAAGGAUAAGGAUAACUCAUCAUUUGAAGGUUCGAAUGUUCCACCUACUAGCGCAGUGAAUACCUGUAGUGGGCUUCGCCAUUCUAUUUUAACGAUUAUCGAAUCGUUAAGAAAACUUGACGAUUUUAACGAUUUGACAAUUCGCUAAACAUAUUUUAACGAUAUUCGCUAUCGCUUGAUCAGCUGUUGUCGUUAACUACUCGAUUACUCGUUAAGUAAACGACGAAUAUUUUGAAGUUGUUAGCGGCAUCGACAAAAGAAAAUUUGAUAUUUCAUUUGAGUAAAAAAAAUAAUAUAAAUCGCGAAUUUACUUAAGUAAUAUAUAAAAGAAAAACUUUUUGUUAAAAAUGGCAUUUGAGUAUUUGGCAUACGUUUUAUCCCAAGAUGAGGAGAUAAUAAGCCCUUCAUCAGUGGAUACACGUUUACUUCGAGAAGUGGACAACCCUUUCCACUUGACUGCAACUGAGUUUCGUAACCUUUACCGAUUAACCCCAGACUUGGUUGAAGAUAUUGUUUCCCAGCUUGAUAGCCAAUUAAGGGGUCGAAGAAUAACUGCGAUAACGACAGAGAAACAGGUUCUAACUGCCUUGCGAUUCUUCGCAACUGACUGUUAUCAACGUCCCGUCGGAGAGCAAUGGGGGAUAUCCAUGAGCCAGUCGUCCGUAAGUCGCUGUAUACAUCGCGUAACGGAUGCAAUAAACCGCACCAUGUUUUUGGCAAAGGUUAGGUUUCCAAUGACCCAAAUAGAGCGGCAAGCUGCAAAAGAAAUUUUCGCCUCAGCAUCCGCACCAUUUGUAGGAGGUACUAUUGGGGCUAUCGAUUGCACUCAUGUGUCAAUCAUGAGCCCAAAACAUCAUGAAGAAGCAUAUGCCAACCACCAUGGGUACCAUUCUAUCAAUGUGCAAAUGAUAUGUGAUCCAAAUCUAAAGAUUUUGGCUGUCAAUGCUAAAUACCCAGGAGCGCGACACGAUUCAUUUAUUUGGAGCUCCUCUGCAGUCCGGAGAGUUAUGCAGCGAAGUUUUGAAAAUGGAAACCAUAACGUGUUUUUGAUUGGUGACUGGCGUUCUCAAAGGAACUUGGCGAUGCUUAUCUCAGCAAAGGACUCUUUUGUAUGAUCCUGGAUUUACUGGAAAAGUAGUAAAUGCUUGCACAGUGU